AGUGAAAGGAGGAGUUAUCCUGGAGAGAAGCCAUAUAAAUGUACUGAGUGUGGUAAAUGCUUCAAACGGAAUUCUUCUCUUGUGUUGCAUCACCGAACUCACACUGGAGAAAAGCCUUAUACUUGUAGUGAGUGCGGAAAAUCUUUCUCCAAGAACUACAACCUGAUUGUGCAUCAAAGGAUCCAUACAGGAGAGAAGCCGUACAAAUGCAGUAAGUGUGGAAAAGCAUUCAGUGAUGGGUCGGCUCUGACACAACACCAGAGGAUUCAUACAGGUGAAAAACCGUAUGAAUGUCUAGAAUGUGGAAAAACCUUCAACCGGAAUUCAUCCCUGAUUUUGCAUCAAAGAACUCAUACAGGGGAAAAACCAUACAGAUGUAAUGAGUGUGGGAAACCCUUCACGGACAUCUCCCACCUCACUGUGCAUCUCAGAAUCCACACUGGAGAGAAGCCUUAUGAGUGCAGUAAAUGUGGAAAGGCUUUCCGAGAUGUUUCAUACCUUACCCAGCAUGAGAGAACCCACACUGGAGAGAAACCAUUUGAAUGUGUGCAGUGUGGAAAAUCCUUCAAUCGCAGCUCUCACCUCCUUGUGCAUCGAAAAAUCCAUUCUGGAGAUAAACCCUAUGAGUGUAAAGAAUGUGGGAAAACAUUCAUUGAGAGUGCAUACCUCAUCAGGCACCAGAGGAUUCAUACUGGUGAGAAGCCCUAUGGCUGUAACCACUGUCAGAAACUUUUCAGGAACAUUGCUGGCCUUAUCAGGCACCAGAGGACUCAUACUGGUGAGAAACCCUAUGAAUGUAAUCAAUGUGGCAAAGCUUUCCGGGACAGCUCCUGUCUGACCAAGCACCAGAGAAUUCACACUAAGGAGACUCCAUACCAUUGUCCGGAAUGUGGGAAAUCCUUUAAGCAGAACUCUCACCUGGCUGUACAUCAGCGACUCCAUAACAGGGAGGGUCCCAGCCAGUGUCCUCAGUGUGGGAAGACAUUUAGAAGGAGCUCGUCCCUUGUCCAACAUCUGAGAACGCACACUAAGGGGCAGCCUGUGGAAACAUAAUGAUUUGUGGCCAUAGUUUUGUCCUAUUUCUUAGAACAUGCUCAAAAACCUUCAUGAAAGAGUUGUCUUCAGAUAGGACUUUUCUCCUUGGUGACAGAAAAGAAUAUUUUAAAUUAACCUGUGGGAUUGAUGAAUACGAAACAUUCUUUAUGAUAAAUUUUCAUUGGGGAACUCAAGUAGAGAAUAUUGGAAGGUAACGAACAUGUAAAAAUUUUUUCAACAGUGAUUCAGCCUGGUUUCAGACACCAGGGCACAUAUACUGGAAUGAAACGUGGGUGUGAGGAAGGCACUUCCCUGAAGAUGUGUGUCCACUUCUGCGUAAGAAUAGUUAGACUGGAAAGAGCCUGGUGAAUAAAACUAAUUGGUGUGAGGGAUCAUGGUUUUACAGGAGUAAACUCUUACUACAGUCCAAACUUGUGGCUAAAAUCAUGAAGAGAAACUUUGGGCAGGAGCUUUACCUGUUUUAUUUUCCUCAUAUUAGCAAAGUUGUGAGGUGAGAGUUCCCACACAGUGUUUCACCCCCAUAUAAACCACAAUUUUUUAGGUUUUUCUCUUUGAAGGUAUUUUUGUGUUAUGCUCAUU